AUGGUUAAAGUAACUGUCUGUGGUGCCGCUGGUGGUAUUGGUCAACCUCUCUCCUUGCUCUUGAAACAAUCUGAACUUAUCACUCAUUUGUCCCUCUACGAUAUCGUCAACACUCCUGGUGUUGCUGCUGAUUUGAGCCACAUUAACACUCAAUCCAAGGUUACUGGUCAUGUUGGUGCUGCCCAACUUGAAGAAGCCAUCAAGGAUUCUGCUAUUGUUGUUAUCCCUGCCGGUGUUCCCAGAAAGCCUGGUAUGACUCGCGAUGAUCUCUUCAAGAUCAAUGCUGGUAUUGUUCGUGAUCUCGCUGUUGCUGCUGCCAAGUUUGCCCCCAAGGCAUUCAUGUGUAUCAUCUCCAACCCUGUCAACUCUACUGUCCCUAUUGUUGCUGAAGUUUUCAAGCAAUUCAACGUUUACGAUCCUCGCAGAAUCUUUGGCGUUACUACUCUCGAUAUCGUUCGCGCCUCUACUUUCGUUUCAGAGUUGAUUGGUGGUAGCCCUAGCACCCUUCGUGUUCCUGUCGUUGGUGGCCACAGUGGUGUUACCAUCUUGCCUUUGUUGUCUCAAGUCAAGGGUACUGAGAAGUUGUCUCAAGAACAAAUUGAAAAGGUAACCAACCGUAUUCAAUUUGGUGGUGAUGAAGUUGUCAAGGCCAAGGACGGUGCUGGUUCCGCUACUUUGUCAAUGGCAUUUGCUGGUGCUCGUUUCGCCCUCAACAUUGUUGAAGCUGUUGUUGCUGGUAAGACUGGUAUCGUUGAAUGUACCUAUGUUGAUCUUGAGGCUGAUGCCCAAGGUGCCAAUGGUGUCAAGAGCUUGAUCGGUGCUGACCUUGAUUUCUUCUCUGUCCCUGUUGAAUUGGGUCCUGAAGGUGUUAAGAAGAUCUUGCCUAUUGGUGAAAUCAAUGAUUUCGAGCAAAAGUUGUUCUCUGCUGCUACUUCUGAAUUGAAGGGUAACAUUGUCAAGGGCUCUACCUUCAUCACUGAAGGCGCUAAGUUGUAA